CCCGCAUUGUUGCCUUGCGCCCCCGCCUCCGCUCCGCACGCGCGCGCCGGGCGUAGAGCGUAGCGGGGGCGGGACAAGACGCGCCCGCGUGCUCUGCCGCUCCCGCUACUUGCUCCACUGGUCGCCUGCUCCCUCCCUCCCAGCUCGCUCUUAUAUCUACCGGCCUUCCUCGCCGCCCCCAUGGCCUUGUCUUGUCUCCAGCAGAGGUUAGCGACCAGAGACCAGCCAGAGCCAGCAGCCUGGACCAAGGCAAGUAGCGCACUAACAUUUCUCUGUUCUUGGCCUGUGUCCCUGAUCAACUCAGAUUGGCCGGACGCUUGGGACGCUGCCGCCUUUUUUUUUGGGUCUGUAACGGUGCUAAGAGUGUGAUGGUGUAUUUUAAAAUGCAUUUCUGGUUAGUCCUUGUGCUCUGCAGUUUCCGAGCAUCAAAAUCCCUACCUCUGGAUAGAGAUAUACUUUUGGGCAUCAGAGGCUAUCUGAAAGAUCCACAGAAUUACCUACACAACUGGGAUGAAUCCCACUCACCGUGCCAAUUCUACGGUGUUACAUGUGACCACAAUUCUGGCGAUGUCAUCGGGAUAUCACUCUCAAAUAUCUCGCUGUCAGGCACUAUAUCAUCUUCAUUUUCUCUUCUUGGACAAUUACGCACUCUGGAGCUUGGGGCAAACUCCAUCUCAGGAACUGUUCCUGCUGCGCUAGCCGACUGCACAAAUCUGCAGGUACUUAAUCUGUCAAUGAACAGUUUAACUGGUGAAUUGCCUGAUCUUUCAGCAUUGGUCAACCUACGAGUUCUGGACUUGUCGACCAAUAGUUUCAAUGGGGCAUUCCCAACAUGGGUCAGCAAAUUACCAGGUCUAACUGAACUAGGCCUUGGAGAGAACAGCUUCGACGAAGGUGAUGUUCCGGAAAGCAUUGGAGACCUGAAGAACUUAACGUGGCUGUUCUUGGGACAAUGCAAUCUUAGGGGAGAGAUACCAGCUUCAGUCUUCGAUUUGGUAUCACUCGGGACACUGGACUUCUCACGCAACCAAAUUACUGGUGUAUUCCCGAAGGCAAUAUCUAAACUGAGGAACUUAUGGAAGAUUGAGCUCUACCAGAACAACUUGACUGGUGAAAUUCCUCAAGAGCUUGCAACUCUAACCUUGUUAUCUGAGUUUGAUGUUUCUCGGAAUCAGCUGACUGGCAUGCUGCCUAAGGAGAUUGGCAGCCUGAAGAAGCUGAGGAUAUUCCAUAUAUACCACAACAACUUCUUUGGUGAACUUCCUGAAGAGUUGGGGAACCUGCAGUUUCUUGAGUCAUUCUCAACCUAUGAAAAUCAGUUCUCAGGAAAGUUCCCUGCCAACCUGGGUCGAUUCUCACCACUCAACACAAUCGACAUAUCCGAGAAUUACUUUUCUGGCGAAUUUCCAAGAUUCUUGUGCCAAAACAACAAGCUCCAGUUCUUAUUGGCUUUGACCAACAACUUUUCAGGUGAAUUCCCCGCUUCUUACUCUUCUUGCAAGACACUUCAGAGGUUCAGAAUAAGUCAAAAUCAAUUCAGUGGGAGUAUUCCUGCUGGCUUGUGGGGAUUGCCUAAUGCUGUGAUAAUUGAUGUUGCUGAUAAUGCAUUUAGUGGGGGCAUAUUUUCUGAUAUAGGCUUUUCAGUUACUCUGAACCAGCUGUAUGUUCAGAACAACUACUUCAUCGGGGAGCUUCCAGUAGAGCUAGGGAGGCUCACCCUGCUUCAGAAGUUGGUUGCUUCGAACAACAGACUCUCUGGCCAAAUACCUAGACAGAUUGGAAGACUCAAGCAGCUUACUUACCUACAUUUGGAACAUAACGCAUUGGAAGGGCCAAUACCACGUAUGUGCAGUAGCAUGGUUGACCUGAAUCUUGCAGAGAAUUCCUUGACUGGGGACAUUCCAGACACACUGGUCUCCCUUGUCUCUCUGAAUUCACUCAAUAUAUCCCAUAACAUGAUCUCUGGUGGCAUUCCUGAAGGUCUGCAGUCACUGAAGCUGAGUGAUAUCGAUUUCUCCCAGAAUGAGUUGUCUGGCCCAGUCCCUCCCCAACUCUUGAUGAUAGCUGGAGAUUAUGCAUUCUCUGAAAAUGCUGGCCUUUGUGUUGCAGACACUUCAGAAGGCUGGAAACAAAGUAUCACUAAUCUAAAACCUUGUCAGUGGUCCGAUAACCGUGACAACUUGUCAAGGAGACGACUCCUUGUUCUGGUAACUGUGGUAUCUUUAGUUGUCCUCCUGUUUGGGUUGGCGUGUCUAAGCUAUGAAAAUUAUAGGCUAGAAGAGCUCAACAGAAAAGGGGAUACUGAGAGUGGCAGUGACACUGAUUUGAAGUGGGCUCUCGAGACAUUCCAUCCCCCAGAACUUGACCCCGAGGAGAUAUCCAACUUGGAUGGAGAGAGUUUGAUUGGCUGUGGAGGCACUGGCAAAGUUUACAGGCUAGAAUUGAGCAAGGGAAGGGGAACUGUGGCUGUGAAGGAGUUGUGGAAGCGUGAUGACGCAAAGGUCUUGAACGCUGAGAUAAAUACCCUUGGGAAGAUACGCCAUCGGAACAUUUUGAAACUCAAUGCAUUUUUGACCGGAGCAUCAAAUUUUCUGGUUUAUGAGUAUGUGGUGAACGGCAAUCUGUAUGACGCUAUUCGCCGUGAGUUCAAAGCUGGACACCCGGAACUUGACUGGGACAAGAGGUGCCGGAUUGCGGUUGGGGUUGCAAAGGCCAUCAUGUACCUUCACCACGACUGCUCCCCGGCCAUAAUUCAUCGGGACAUAAAGUCAACCAACAUUCUGCUGGACGAGAAGUAUGAAGCUAAGCUUGCAGAUUUCGGUAUCGCCAAAAUGGUGGAAGGUUCGACGCUUAGCUGCUUCGCUGGUACGCAUGACUACAUGGCUCCUGAGCUUGCGUAUUCUCUAAACGCGACUGAGAAGAGCGAUGUUUACAACUUCGGUGUCGUACUGCUAGAGUUGCUUACAGGACAUAGCCCAACUGAUCAACAAUUUGGCGGUGAAAAAGACAUUGUGUCCUGGGUUUCAUUCCAUUUGGCAGAGAAAGACCCUGCUGCUGUUCUUGACCCGAAAGUAAGCAAUGAUGCAUCGGAUCACAAUCACAUGAUGAAGGCGUUGCAUAUUGCUAUUCUUUGUACCACUCAGCUUCCAUCUGAACGACCGACGAUGAGAGAGAUCGUGAAAAUGCUCACCGACAUUGAUCCUAGCUCCACAGCUAGGAGGGCAAAGAACAAGACUGAUAAGUAACAGCGACAGGCUUUGUCUUAGUAAAAUAUACUAGUAAUAACCAUAAUGUCAGGGCCUCUUGGCACCCUGUAGCAAUCAUGGGGGAAGCUUAUUAGGCCGUCAGAAUGGCUGAUUAGUUAAUAGAAACUAGAGGGCUGGUAAAAUAAUAUGGAGGUAUAGCCUAUGCAAUGCUUGUCCAUGUGUAAAAGCUUUAGAUCAUGUACAAAUUAGUAUUGUGCACCGAAAGUUUAGGUAUUGUUGAAUAUACGCCGAAAAAACAAUCAUAAUCCAUGAUAACGCUAAUGGGUCUUUAGGAUAAAAGUCUAUUAGUAAUGAUCCAUAUAUACAAAGACGUUGACGUGCUUGAGAGAUCA